CCAAACCUAUAUAAAAGCUCAGAAAAAGAAAAAAAAGAGAGAAAGAAGAAAAGGUGGGAAAAAGGGAAUCCCUUAAAAGAAGUUGGGGGGAAGAGAAAAUUACAAAUGAAUCAUUUAUGGCCUCGCGUAAAAGAAACAAAAAGGCCUCCUACUUGAUCUAGUACUAAUUACUACGUGAUUACUGCUCGGCCUGGUCCGGUGUGGACUUUCUAUGAUGGGUCUGUGGAAAAAGAGUUUCGUUCUUUUCCAACAGCCCAAUACCUCACCCAUGUUCCGUUAAAAUCUACAACGGGUUUCUGAUAAAAUUUUCUUCCUUUCUUCUUUCUUGGGAUUAAUUUCCUCUUUUCGAUUUAUAUUUAGUAAAGCGUUAUUUAUUCAUGAAGGGUUUAUCAAGAUAUUUAACUCUGAAGCAAAGGUGUGUGAGGAAUUUCUCGGUGCAAAUUGGGAAGGGACCAAAUGCCAAAGACCUCAAAAUCGAUGGAAUUAAGGACAUCAUAGCAGUUGCUUCCGGGAAAGGCGGUGUUGGCAAGUCCACUACAGCUGUUAAUUUAGCUGUUUCACUUGCCAAGAAGUGUCAACUUAAAGUUGGGUUGCUCGAUGCUGAUGUAUAUGGACCGUCAAUUCCACUAAUGAUGAGACUUCGGGGAAAGCCUGAAGUUAGUAUAGAUAAGAAAAUGAUUCCAAUUGAAAACCAUGGAGUGAAAUGUAUGUCAAUGGGAUCUCUGGUUGACGUUGGUGCAGCAAUCGUUUGGAGGGGUCCAAUGGUUAUGAAAGCUCUUGAACAGAUGACAAGGGGAGUUAACUGGGGAACCUUGGAUGUUCUUGUGGUUGAUAUGCCCCCUGGUACUGGUGAUGCUCAGAUAUCUAUUUCCCAGAGGCUGCAACUGUCAGGAGCAGUAAUUGUUUCAACUCCUCAAGAUGUUGCACUACUGGAUGCUCGAAGAGGGGUGAAAAUGUUCUCUCAAGUCAAUGUACCAAUCCUUGGACUCUUGGAGAACAUGAGCUAUUUUAAAUGUCCCAAAUGCGGAGAACCUUCGGAUAUUUUUGGUAAGGGAGGGGCGCGCAAAACAGCAGAGGAAAUGGGUGUGCAGUUUCUGGGGGAGGUGCCGUUGGAGGUUGGCAUCAGAAGCAGUUCUGAUGAAGGUGUUCCUAUUGUAGUAUCAGACCCUGAAUCUGUAGUCUCGCAUGCGUACGGUGAUGUGGCCGAGAAAGUUGCCAAUAUACUUGACGAAUUGGCCAAGGAGCAGCAAUUCCGACCAGAGAUAGUACUGUAGAGGUCGCAGUGAGCUGCUGUUUAACAUCAACUUUGUGCUUUUUACAGCUUUUGAGAUGGGAACAUCGGGUGGUGGUGAAAGCCGGACUUGGGAAUGGGCCGCUGCUGUUGUGGUUAAUUAUCUCAGGGAAGAAGAAACUGAAACAUGUAUAAUCCCGUCAAAGGUGUGGUUGUAUUAUGCAUUUGCUGCAGCUGCUUGAAAGUGCAGCUUAUUAUUGCAAGGUUGCUGCAAGUCUCGGGCGGGCAAAA